AUGGGUGGCCGAGUGCCGAACAUCCGGGAAAGUAUUUUGUGGACUCAGAGGAUUGAGAAGGAGGACAAGGUCAAUGCCACCUCAAUGGCGGCCUUUUCACUGAGAGCUGCAGUAGGGGUUGCCGAGGUUCCAGCGAAAUUCAAGCCUGGACACGUGAAUCCGGCAGGCGGUCUUGCAAAAGAGGCAGGCUUUGAUCCUGUGAAGCUUGGCUGGGAGCCUGAUGGCCCUGAAGCGAGCGAGUUUCGCAGAUGCAUCAACCUGCAAACGGCAGCGUCGCGUCAGCGAUAUGCUUACCCAGAGACAUCCUACCAAGAGCAUGGUUGGCUCCUGCUGCCACCCGGAGAUCCGGUUGCGCGAACUCGCAAGAAGAAGCUCCGCUAUGGUCUUGGAUGGGAAUGGAAAGCCCCUGCAGAUUGGAGUGAGAGCACAGCCGCAGCUCCCCUGGUGGAUGCUUACAGCAACGUCUCAGCCGCAGCUCCCUCAGUGCUGUCUGCCAUUCCGGAGAGCCAGCUGGCAAGCAAUCAGCCAGGGAAGGCCUCGGUGCUCUCGGCCUCAGCGCCAAACAUCUUGGCCCCGCGCUUCGGGGAUUCCCGAGCAAAUGCCACACCAAGCGUAUCCUCGGUGUCCAAGCCCAGCUCCAUCGACCUCACCUCGGACGUGGCUUUGCGCCUAAAGCGACGGGAGGAGAAGCUGGCGGAGAAGUGGCAGGACGCCUUCGCCUACCAAAACGGAGGCCGCAGAGGCCAGAAAUGGUACAAGCCUCUAGGGCAGACAGAUGCUACAAAAUUUGCCGAUGAUUUCACCAAGGCUACCGGCGGCGUUCCACUGUACAAAAUGGGCAAAUGA